UUCGCUCCUCCCGAAGUAACGAGUCCGGGUCCGGCUCUGCCGUCGUUGCCGCCGCCGGGCGCCCCCGGACACGGAGGUGGAGGAGGAGGCAGAGGGCCCCGCGGGCCUCGCCGCCGCCCGCCGCCCCCUCCCCUCCACCUGAGCUGCCGCGGCAGCGCCUCAGGCGAACGUGGCCAGGGAACAGGAAGUGGAAGGUGGCAUCAAGAGGGAAUUUUCUAGAACUGUCUACACAAUUCAUGUCCACUGUGGCUGCCAGAAUUUUAGACUCCUGUUGAACUGACGGAAGAGCUGCUAGAAAUAAAAAACAAGUUAAGCAAGAUCACAAGAUACAAGAUUUGAUAAUGGGCUGCAUUAAAAGUAAAGAGAACAAAAGUCCAGCCAUUAAAUAUAGAACUGAAAACACUCCGGAGCCUGUGAGCACAAGUAUCAGCCAUUAUGGAGCAGAACACACUGCAAUGUCACCGUCAUCAUCAGCGAAGGGAACAUCUGUUAAUUUUAGCAAUCUUUCCAUAACACCAUUUGGAGGAUCCUCAGGGGUGACACCUUUUGGAGGAGCAUCUUCCUCAUUCUCGGUGGUGCCAACUUCAUAUCCUACUGGUUUAACAGGUGGUGUUACUGUAUUUGUGGCCUUAUAUGAUUAUGAAGCUAGAACUACAGAAGACCUUUCAUUUAAGAAGGGUGAAAGAUUUCAGAUAAUUAACAAUACGGAAGGAGACUGGUGGGAAGCAAGAUCAAUUGCUACAGGAAAGAAUGGUUAUAUCCCUAGCAAUUAUGUAGCACCAGCAGAUUCCAUUCAGGCAGAAGAAUGGUAUUUUGGCAAAAUGGGAAGAAAAGAUGCUGAAAGAUUACUUCUGAACCCUGGAAAUCAACGAGGUAUUUUCUUGGUAAGAGAGAGUGAAACUACUAAAGGUGCUUAUUCCCUCUCUAUUCGUGAUUGGGAUGAGAUAAGAGGUGACAAUGUGAAACACUACAAAAUUAGGAAGCUUGACAAUGGUGGAUACUAUAUCACAACCAGAGCACAAUUUGAUACUCUGCAGAAAUUAGUGAAACACUACACAGAGCAUGCUGAUGGUUUAUGCCAUAAAUUAACAACUGUGUGUCCAACUGUGAAACCCCAGACUCAAGGUCUAGCAAAAGAUGCUUGGGAAAUCCCUCGAGAAUCUUUGCGACUAGAGGUUAAACUAGGACAAGGAUGUUUUGGUGAAGUAUGGAUGGGAACAUGGAAUGGAACCACAAAAGUAGCAAUUAAAACACUAAAACCAGGUACAAUGAUGCCAGAAGCUUUUCUUCAAGAGGCUCAGAUCAUGAAGAAAUUAAGACAUGAUAAACUUGUUCCACUCUAUGCAGUUGUUUCUGAAGAGCCAAUUUACAUUGUCACUGAAUUUAUGUCAAAAGGGAGUUUACUAGAUUUCCUUAAGGAGGGAGAUGGAAAGUAUUUGAAGCUCCCACAACUGGUUGAUAUGGCUGCUCAGAUUGCUGAUGGCAUGGCAUAUAUUGAAAGAAUGAAUUAUAUCCACCGUGACCUUCGGGCUGCUAAUAUUCUUGUAGGAGAAAACCUUGUAUGCAAAAUAGCAGAUUUUGGUUUAGCAAGGUUAAUUGAAGACAAUGAAUAUACUGCAAGACAAGGUGCAAAAUUCCCAAUCAAAUGGACAGCUCCUGAGGCUGCACUGUAUGGCCGAUUUACCAUAAAGUCUGAUGUGUGGUCAUUUGGAAUUCUACAGACAGAACUGGUAACAAAGGGCAGAGUUCCAUAUCCAGGCAUGGUAAACCGCGAAGUGCUGGAGCAGGUGGAACGGGGGUAUAGGAUGCCUUGCCCUCAGGGCUGUCCAGAAUCCCUACAUGAAUUGAUGAACCUUUGUUGGAAGAAGGACCCUGAUGAAAGACCAACAUUUGAAUAUAUUCAAUCCUUCUUGGAAGACUACUUCACUGCUACAGAGCCACAGUACCAGCCAGGAGAAAAUUUAUAAGUCAAGUAGCCUAUUUUAUAUGCACAAAUCUGCCAAAAUAUAAAGAACUUGUGUAGAGUUCCUCACUUAUGUACAGGAAUCAAAAGAAGAAAAUCUUCACUCUGCAUGUUUUUUAAUGGAAUUUUAACUGGAAUUCCAGACAUGGUUGCACAAAACCACUUUUUUUUUCCCAAGUGUUAAACUCUAAAGUACCAAUGAUGAAUUUUCCAACUUAUUUCAGGGUCCAAAGAAAGUAUAGCUAAGAUGUUAAUGACAGUGUGAGUGAUAGCAUGACAAUGAAGAGCAACAAGGCUACUGUUUAUAAAUCCUUUUCCUCUUAUCCCUCAACUCAGAAUUGUUAAGGGAAAAUUAUUUAUCAUUACUGUCAAAACUUUGGAUAUAAAAAGUUAUACAUAAUAAAAUCUAAAAUCAAGGAAUUUCAUGGGACCAAACAAUUCCAUUCCAGUUUAAAAAUUUUUUUGCAUUCAUUAAGUUGAACUGUUAAUAUACAAUCUUAAUAUAUGCCUCCUUUUGCAUGGAAAAGGGCCAGGUUUCUUGGAAGCAAAAAGGAAUAUAAGCAGCAUCUAAAACUUGAUUAAAUGUUAGACCUCAGCAGUGGAAUUUGAAAGUAUAAUGUACUAUGUUAAUACUCAUUCACAGAACUACAAAGAGGAAUAAAAAAGUUUUCACUUUAAUCAUUUUCUGAAUAGUUUAAUUUAGAAUAAUGAAGAUAACUAGAAAGUGAGUAAUCUUUUCAAGGUUGCAUUGAUUUAAAAAGGCAAUAUGUGAUUGAAAUUGUAUUGUCCAAUACAAGGGGAAAUCUUUUAAUCUUUAGAUACUGUAAAAACUAAGACCCAGAAUUUAAAUAAUGCUUUUUCAAAAAAUAGACUUGGUAUUGUAGAUGUUGCUAAUUUGUACUUAUGGGGAAGGGUGCCACAAGUAUAAAAUAUUACUAGAUCAGGGACUUGAAUGCACUUUUGCUGUUAAUGAAUAUAGACUAAGAGAGAAAAAUGUAUUUAAAAGAAAUGAGAGAAAAAAUGUGAAAUCUUUACAGGUAGAUGAAUGGAAUAUAAUGUUUAAUGUUGAUGUCAUGGAGUGACAAAAUGGCUUUGCUGGCACUCAGAGCUCCUCACUAUCUCUUUUCUGAGACUUUUUAAGAAUUAUAAGGUAUGAGUAUAAUUUUUCUUAGUAUACACACUACAUGAAUGUUAUAUCCUCAAAAUAGUGAAGUUAAAGCUUCACAUUUAUUCCAGUGAUGCAACUUUUCCUCAAAACAUUUUUAAAACUCCAGUUUUCAAAUUUCUGUUUUAUCUUACGUUCACUUUUUAAAUAUACUUAACGGUGACUAUUUUUUCUCUUUUAGAAUAUACUUGAUUUGAGGAGGAAAACUAAUUCAGAAUAUAAUAAUAAUGCAAAAAAAAAGGGAUUGUUUUUGCCCGUUUAAAAUUAAAGUGGAGAAAUGCAACAUAAAAUAAGACUGGUUUUUAUGACUAAGUUACAAAGAAAUUCCAAAAUAUGAAUUUGAAUAGCAGCAUUACUGGUUUAAGUGUCUAGCAAAGGAAAAAUGAAUCUGAUAAAAGUCUGGUAUUUAUGUUUUUAAAAUAUUCUAUUUUAUAGUCAUACUUUAAACAAAGCAAUAACAUCAGGUCCCCAUAUUUUAGGAAUGUAAUUUUUAACUACCAUCACUUACCUGAUUUAAUCAUGAAAUGUAAAAUUCUGUGCCAUCGUAUGUGUUGGAAUUUUAAAAUGUGACAAAUGAACUUCAGGCAAGUUGGCAGCAAUUCUGGUACUAAAAAUUGUGAUUGUUUCUUAUGUUUACGUAACCUGCUUAGUAUUGAAUUCCUCUACCAAGGGGUCCUCCUAAGGAAGAGUGUGUCAUUAUUUACCCUUAACUUCUACAACCCUGUGACAUCAGAUUUUUAAAGGGCUUUAUGUGAACUAUGAUAUUGUAAUUUUUCUAAGCAUUUUGAAAAGGGUAGCAUUAUAUAUGUACUAAUGCUCUUAAAAAAUAUAAGACAGGAAAAGUUGAUGGUAUUCAUUAGGUUUUAACUGAAUGGAGCAGUUCCUUGUAAUAACAAUUGUAUAGAAAGGAAAUAAAACACUAACUUAAUGUGUAUUCAGUUUAAAUGGUUAUGUAUUUUUAAAUUGCCAAGAAAAAUAAACAACUUUGUACAUUUGA